CUGAUUUGUGUAAGACAUUUUUAGGUUAUGCCGAGCAAUUAUUUAACCAUUAUGUGAAAACAUUUAAAAUUCUGUACGGAGAACAUCAUGUAUCUCAUAAUGUAUAUGGGAUAAUUCAUUUAUGUGAAGAUGUUCGAAUACAUGGUAUUUUAGAUUUAUUUAAUGCUUUUAAAUAUGAGAAUUUUUUACAAGAAAUAAAAAAAGUUAUUCGUAAAAGUGAUAAACCACUACAGCAAUUGCACAGAAAAUUUAGAGAAAAAAAUGCUAUUACAUGUACUGUUAAGAGCAAAGAAAACGAAAAUAAAAUGGGAGCACUAAAGGAACACAAUAAUGGUCCUAUUACUUAUGAUUGCACAAGUCCUGAGUAUAAAAUGUUAAUUUUUUCAUGUUUUGUUAUAAAAGUUAAUGAUAACGUAAAUAAUUGUUGUCUUAUGAGGGAUGGAAAUAUAAUAAAAAUUGAAAACAUUGCUAAAUAUAAAAACAGGAAAUGCUUGGUUGCUAUUAGUAGAAAAUAUUUAAUUAAAGAAGAUUUAUUUCAUAUUCCAUGUCCAUCAUCGUUACUUGAUAUUUAUGUAGUUAGUCGUAUGUCUCAAUUAUGUAUUUGGUCUAUAUCGGAUAUUUUAAAGAAAAUGUUAAUAAUGCCACAUAUGAACAAUACAUUUGUAGUUAUACCAUUACUGCAUAUUGACUAAAAAGUAUAUAUUAUAAGUAUAAUAAAUGUAUAGCGUGUUACUAUAUAUUAUAUAUAAGUAUAUAAUAUAUAUUGAAUUACAAGUAUAAAUUAUCAAUAUCAUUAAUUUAUUAAAUAUAGUAUAUAUAAAAUAAGAACUUCAAUAACAAUCAUUAUGAGCAAGAAGUAUCAUAUUGUCGAAUUUGAUGAUGGCCUUCAAAUCAUACCAGAUAAUUGGUUUACUAGUGGAGAAAAGACUGCGUUAUAUUGGCCAAAUGUUUCCAAUGAAAACGAGUAUAAUAAAGCAGUCGAAAAAAUGAAAGACUUUAAUAGAAAUAAUGUAACAAUAGUUCCUGUUAAAAGAAUAUUUGGAAGUACAAAUACUUUUGGUAAUGCUAAAAAUAAGUUAAAAUUGACAGAAAAGUUGUCAGAUGUAAAUUCUGAUGAAGACAAUAAUGUUGCUAAACGAAAAAGAAGAUUAUAUGCACAGAAAGUUAUUUCUUCAAGUAGUGAAGAGGAACCUACACAGCCUCCGAAGAAUGAAAAAAUAGAUAAAUAUCCUGAUGUACCACAAAAUAUGAAACAUUCAAAAUCAUAUAAUGCUACACUAAAUGAUAUAAAUAAUAGAUCAGAAAAGUUUAAUAAUAAAAUACAAGACAUAUACGAUGAUAAUUAUGAAUCUAUUUCAAAUAUUCAACAAAUAAGUGAUACACGAAUACUUGCUGAGAGAAAUUGCAAUACAGUACAGAAUCGUUAUCAAAAACAAAUUAUUUCACACUCACUUCGUAAUGAAAACAAAAAUACAAAUUCGCAAAAUGCUGAGCAAUUAAUUAAUCAGCCUAUUCCUCGUGAAAAUACUUCUAAUUUCCUACACACUAUUUCCAGCACAAGAGAAUUUGAUGAAUUUAGGCAGCAAGUAUAUAAGAACUUUUCAGUAAUGAAACAAAAGUUGGAUAUUAUUAUACAAAACCAAGUUGAUUCAUUUGAACAACAACGAAAUAUGUAUCGACAGUCUAAUGAACCUGCAGAAGAAACUGAAAACAUUAUGUCGCAAUUUCCAAUUGAGACUGAUGAAAGUUUAAAUCAAUUGGAAGUAGCUCUCAUGGAUAACAAGUAUUGUAAAACAAUGGAAGCUGCACUCUCUACGGUAGCAAAAAUAUGAAAACUCUAAUUUUAAAUCUAAUGAAAAGAAUAUUUACCAUCAAUGUAGCAAACAACUAUAACUGGCACGGAAAGAAAAACAACAAAUGUUUUUCGGAUUUAAAACUUUGUUCUGUUAUU